AUACCCUGAAAAACGUUCGGGCUGCCAGCGUAUUGCUACGGAGAUAUUGCACUUUUACGGUAUGUUUUUAAAUAAAUGCCGUGGUCCCCCUCAGGAAAACCAGAAAAAAUGAUUUUCGAAUUUCGACUUGAAACUUUACAUAGAAACAGAUCUUACUGAGAAUAAUGUUUUGUGAUAGUUUCAGAUCUUGUCGUUAUUUCUAUUCUGAAAUGACAACAUGAAAGCUUCUAGUUUAUCUGAACGAAGUUACCAUAGUGGUAUCUACGGAUAGGAACAGCGACAAGAUCUGAAACUAAUCACAAAACAUUAUUCUCAGUAAGACCUGUUUCUAUGUAAAGUUUCAAGUCGAAAUUCGAAAAUCAUUUUUUCUGAUUUUCCUGACAGAGGCCACGGCAUUUAUUUAAAAACAUACCGUAAAAGUGCAUUAUCUCCGUAGCGAUAAGCUAGCAGCCCGAACUUUUAUUAGGAUAUUCAUAACUCAUUUGUACAUACAUAACGCACAUAGUCUCAACACAAAAGAGAUUGAUCAGUUGGGGAUCUUCUCUCGUGAGUGGUUACAGUAUUCGACAUAGAUCCAUAAGUUGCUGUGUUCGAACCUUGAUACCAUCAGCCAUAGAAUGACCUCGGUCAAGUCAUUAGCAAUGAUGAAGUAUUCUUCUUUCUAUGCUACCAAAUGGAUGAGUUAUAUUAUAUGCUUGAUAAUAAGAAACAAACUACUCAACUCUCGAAUCAAAGCGAAGAUAAUUAAUAGAAAAUAUGUUUUGAUAUUAUAAAAAGCUUCUUGUGAAUUUAUCAUGAUUGCAAGAUUCUAAUUAACUAAUGUAACUUCUUUCCGAAAUAAAAGCAAUUGUUAAAAGUUUGUGGUAUUUUAAUUAAUUUUUUUUUAUUACUAAUUAGGUAUUCAUGAAAUAUUUAUUCGUACUCAAAAUAAUCUUCUUGAUAUAUGUCCUAUUCGUAUAAUGGCUUUUUGUGCUCAAAAAUCAUAUGAGCCUGUACUUCGUGUACAAGUUAAAGAAGUUCUUGAACAUAUAUUUCAAGGUAUUAUUGAUGAAAAUAAUCAAUUAGAAAUAAGUAUUGCUGAUCCAUUUGAAAGACCAAUACCAUUUCAACGUUCAAAAAAUGAACAUGGUGAAUUAAAAAUAUCUUUGUCACCUGUUCGUGUUGGUACACAUUGGAUAUGUAUAUCAAAUGAUGAUAAUGAUUCUUUUGCUGUAUUACCAGUAUUUGCUUAUGAUGAUGAUUAUGUUCUAUUAUCACCAAUUGAUAGACUUUCACCACAUGAAAAAACAAUAUCAAAUGGAAAUAAUAAUAACAAUCAUCAUGAUACACCGAGUACAAUAGAUUCAUUAUCUCCUGGUCGAGAAUUUACAACAAUUAGUGAAACAUCUGAAUUUCGUCCAUCGAGACAAUCAUCAAUCUCACCUAUACGUAUACCAUCUCCAAUAAAAGAAACUGCAACAAUUACUUCAUCUAUAGAUUUAAGUGAACCUUCUAAAUCACCAACUAUUAAUGAUCGAUCAAGUCCUGAAGUACAAACACUUGAUAUAAGUGAUCUAAUUGAUCCAUGUGUUCAUAAUAUAUCAAAAUUUAGUUUCAAAGAUCCAAAUGACAAAUUCAAUAUUAUUAUUCAUGAUGCUAAUGGAGAUGUUAUUGGUUAUAAAACGGAACAUCUUUCGGAUGGACGAAAAUGUAUUUCAUAUGAACCAACUGUUGUUGGACUUGUUAAAAUCCAUUUAUUAAAAGAAAAAGGAUCAAUUAAUGAAAGUCUAUUCAUAGUACAUGCAUUUGAUCCAUCGGCUGUACAUUUAAUAAAUUUUUCUAAAAACAUACUAAUAAAUACAACAAAUCUUUUUCAUAUCGAUCCAACAAAAGCUGGAAAAGGAACAUUAAAAAUAAUUAUAACAGAUUCAAAUAAUCAAUCUUUACCUUUGUUCGUUCAGAAACAAUCAAACAAUCAAAUCACGGUUCAAUUUAAACCAAUUGUUUUAGGUUUACAUACUGUCUUAAUACUAUUCAAUCAAAUUCCUAUAACUGGAACACCAUUUCAAGUAUUAGUUGAAAAUAUUGAACAACAAUCCAAAGUUAAAAAUACUCGAUCAUUUGAAAUCGAAGAACGUGAACAUUCAAUUAAUUCUAAACAUGAAUUACUAUUACUUGCACAACAACAAGAAAAACCACAUUCAUUAUCUUCACAAACAAGACAUUCUCUAUUAGUAAAAUCAAAUGAUAUUCUUGUUCAACAAAAAGAUUUCUUAUUAAAUAAAGAACAUGAAAGAGAACAAAUUUUAAAAUCACAAUAUAUACCAUUGAAUGAAGCAGAAAUUCGACGAUUACAAUUAAUAAAAGAAAAAUUUGAACAUGGACAACCGAUUGAUGUUGUAUUUGGUUCACCUAUUGAAAUAACUGUAUAUGAUAUUCAAGGUGUUUCAUUAAUUGCUGAACAUAAUGAACCUGUUGUUAUAAAAACGACCGUUGCUUAUAAAGUUAAUACAAGUCUAGCUGGACAAGGUCAAUUAAAAGCUGAAUUAAUUUCACCACAAACAUCAACUAAUCCUUGUCAAUGUCAUUUACAUGAAUUAACUAAUCAAGAAUAUCUUAUUCAAUAUAUUCCAAAUGAUCCUGGUCGAUAUCAACUUCGAAUUUUAUUUAAUAAUCAACUUGUACAAGGAAAAAUUAUUGAUACAGAUGUUUAUUCACUUUUACCACCAUCAUUAUUAUCAUCAUUUUCACUUGUUGAUAUACAAAAAAUGUUACCACAUGAUAUUCCUCGAAUUGGUGAUGAUAUUUGUUUAGAAAUCAUUACAAAAAAAUCAUCUAUACAGGCAAAAGUAUCAUGUAAUAGAAUAUCUAUUCCUUGUCAACUUGAACAAACAAAAGAUACACAUAUUUGGCAUCUUACAUUUCGACCUUAUGUGAUUGGUACUUAUAAAAUAUAUCUAUUUCAUAAUAGAUUACCUAUUAUCUUUUAUACUAAAUCAUUAUCUAAUUCACAAAUUCGAGCAGUUGUUCUUCUCGGUACUGUUCAAAUUCCAUCAACAAUGACAGUAAUUAAUGAUAAUCUAAUUCGUAUAAAUUUUAUUCCACAAGAACCUGGUCUUUAUUUUAUUAAUAUAUUUAAUGGAGAUCAAGUUAUUCAAGGAUCUCCAUUUCCAGUACAUGUCCAUCGGCGACAAAUUGUUCAAAUUUCUGGUGAAUGUUUUAAUCGUUUACGUUUAAAUGAUCUUGGUAUAUUUCGUAUUCAUUGUAAUGGACAACGAGGACCAAUUGAAGCAAAAAUAUUUAAUCUAUCUGUUAGUAAUCGUUAUGAUAUUGGGCAAAAAAUUUCAUUUCAAUUACUUGAAACUUAUGAACAAUUACUUCAAUUUCCAUCAGAUAUUUUGACAACUUCAUUAAGAAUACUUCUUACUGCUCAAUUAAGACUUACACAAGAACGUAUUCGAGAUUUAAUACUCGAAGAAAAAAAUGAUUAUGCAAUAGUAUCAUUUCAAUUGUUUGAAAUUGCAACACAAUUACCAACAAAUGAACAAGUUAUAAAUAUUUUACGAAAUUUAAUUGAUAAACAAGCAAUAAAUUUAAUUGAUCCAAAUCGAUCUAUGUUACAUGCUAUUGGUGGAUCAUUAGUUAUUGGUCCUAAAGGUGAACCAAUCGAUGUUAAAUUAUUUUCACAAGCAAAUGGUGAUUAUAUGGGUGAAUUUACACCAAAGAAAAUUGGUCAACAUCGUAUUGAUAUUACAUUUGCUAAAAUACCUAUACAAGGUAGUCCAUUUUUUACUGAAAUCUAUGAUCCAUCGAAAGUGCAUAUUGGUCCAUUACCAAAAGAUAUUCUUCUGGGAAUAGAAAAUACAUUGGAAAUUAAUUUAGAUAAUGCUGGAAAUGUACCACUUGAAGUUAUCAUUACUUCAUCAUCGGGUAUUAAUGUUCCUAUCAAAAUUGAUGAUACAUUAACAAUAAGAAAAGUACGCUUUACACCAACUGAAACUGGUAUACAUUUUUUAAAUGUCAAAUUUGGUUCAGAUAUUGUACCAGGUACUCCUAUUCAAAUGAUGGUGAAUAAUGCUCAUAUAAUAAGUGCAUAUGGAGAUGGUAUUCAUCAUGCUUUACAUGAAAAAGAAACAACAUUUAUGAUUGAUACGAAAGAUAUACAAGGUGAUUUACAAGUUCAUAUUGAAGGUUCUAAUUCUGUAAUUAAAAAUACACUUGAUCGAAUCACUAAUAGUUUAUUAAAAGUAACUUAUAUACCUGUUGAAGUUGGUUUUAUUAAUAUUAGUAUAAAAUGCAAUGAAAAAGAUAUUAUGCAUAGUCCAUUCAAAGCAAUUGUUACUAAUCCAGAACGUAUUCGAAUUGUUGGUGGUUGGCAAUCAAUACUUGAUUCACAAAAUCGUAUGCGGAUUAUUACUAAUGAAGAAAAGAAAAUUUAUUUCGAUACAUCUCAUGCUGGACCAGGUAUUUUAAAAGCAAAUAUUCGAGAUGUAGAAAAUGCAUCUAUACCAUUACGUAUUGAUCAACAAGAUUCAUCAGCUAUUCUCAGUUUUAUUAUUUUACAAGAUGGAAAAUAUGAUUUAACAAUGACAUAUGCUGACAAUUCAUUACCGAAUAUGCCUAUUCGAAUUAUAUCAACUUCUAUAUCUUUCGAUCGUUCGAAAGUAAAAGUACAUGGUCGUGGUACAUAUGAAGCACGUGUUAAUGAAGAAGCAGAAUUUACUAUUGAUACUUCACGAACUUCGAAUUCUAGUACGAAUAAGCCAAUUGUACGAUUGAUUGGUGCACAGAGUGAUGUUGAUGUUCGAAUUCAUCAAAGUGAAAAAAAUAGAAAUAUUUUUCGUUGUUCUUAUAAACCAAUCAUACCAGGUGAUUAUUUAUUGAGUAUAAUAUGGGCCGAAAGAGAAAUACCUGGAUCACCAUUUAGAGUUAAUAUUUUGCCAAAUAUUAAUAAUAAUCAUGAAGCUUCAAAAGUUAUCUGUACAGGUGAUGGCCUACGAACGGGAACAGUAGGAAAAGAAAUGAAAUGUUUAAUUGAUACACGUACUACUACUCAAGGAGAAUUAACAGUUUAUUGUCAAGGAAUUAAUAAAACAGCAUUUUGUAGACUAUUUGAUCAUCGAGAUGGUACAUAUACAUUAUUUAUUAAACCAGAAGAAUCUGGAAGACAUAUAUUAACUAUUAAAUAUAAUGGUGAAAAUGUACCAGGUAGUCCGUAUAUAGUUAAAGUGAGCAAUGCACUAAAUACUAGUGAAGUACGUGUAUUUGGUCCUGGUAUUGAACAUGGUGUUUUAUCGACAUUUCAAUCACAUUUUUUUUGUGAAACAAAAGGAGCAGGUACUGGACAAUUAACUGUUAAAAUUCGUGGUCCAAAAGGUGGUUUUCAUGUUGAAAUGCAACGUAAACAUUUACAAGAUCGUACAAUUAUAUGUCGAUAUAAUCCAAUUGAAUCUGGACUUUAUCUUAUAUCAGUUAAAUGGAGUGGUAAACAUGUAUAUGGUUCACCAUUUCAUAUACAUAUAUUCAAAUGUCAAGAGCAUUUCGAUCAAUUUCAAUAUCAACUCAAUGCUUAUCGUUUAGUUGAACAAAAACAAAAUGAAGAACUCGAAUAA